AACUCAAUCAAUCCAGCAAUAAUGACAACCUUACGUCUAAAUCUAAGAACAGGUCUCAGUUCGCAGGUUCAGAGACAGACACUUCAAUCAAUACAUCCAUUUAUGCACCAGGUCAGUGUGGCCGGAUAAGCAACUUCCAGUUCCCUUUGAAGAGCCACAGAUCAUCCACCGAAUGCAGUCAACUGGGCAGAAUCUGUAGACCUGUGAUCAAAAGAGCCUGUGGGACGCCUGACAGCAGACUUACAUACUUGAAAUCUCCUCAAGCAUGCAAAAUUGUUUCCUUUUCCACAAACCAAACAGGGAGCACAGGGGGUAACGGAAGCUCAUCCCAAAAUAGAUGCCCUUCAGAUUCAGAUUCUUCUAAAUCUUCUUCAAGUGAAGCAACCUUACAAGAAGAUUACAAAAGGUACCGAGGUUCACGGCUACACAAAAAGAGCCUCGCUAGAUGUAGGAUGAAGUUUGUCGGAGAGGAGAAACGUGAGGUUGCUUUUCAGCCGGACCCUCGUGAUCUACUCUGUACACAAUCUACAGAAAGCCCAAACACGCAAACCAACUUGGUUACAAAUUCUGAAAUGAAUGAAUGCUUUUCUCACAGUCCAGUUGUCCAAGAACAACAACCCGAAUCACUAUGUAACACUGACAGCAUCAAAAACCCAGUUUUUGAAGACAAGCUUCAACAGCGGGACAAAGCAGAAUGUAGAUUUCAUGAAAUACACACUGUGCAGUUAAGCAAGCAAGAAGACCACCCACAAUCACAUCCAUCUGUAGAUGCAGAGCUACAAUCCUCUCCUGGAAAAUGUGUGUCUGCAGACAUGUCAGAAAUUGUCCCCCCUGAAGUGAGACCCAAACCUGCUGUCCCAGCUAAGCCGUCUCAUGUGACCCCACCUUCCGGCGGUCCCUUUUUGACUUCACCCCAAGGGACGGGGGGUGAGGGUCAAGGGUCAGGUCGAGGAUCUACGUUGCUUGGAUACAUUGGUAUAGACACCAUCAUUGAGCAGAUGCGGAAGAAGACGAUGAAGACGGGGUUUGACUUUAACAUCAUGGUGGUUGGUCAGAGUGGUCUUGGCAAAUCCACUCUGGUUAACACCCUGUUUAAGUCACAAGUUAGCAGGAGGACCACAGCUUGGAGUCGUGAUGAGAAGAUUCCAAAAACUGUUGAGAUAAAGUCUGUAUCUCACGUGAUUGAGGAAGGUGGAGUGAAGAUGAAGUUAACUGUGGUUGACACACCAGGUUUUGGGGACCAAAUUAACAAUAAUAACUGCUGGGAGCCCAUAUCCAAAUACAUCAAUGAACAAUAUGAGAAGUUUUUGAAAGAAGAAGUCAACAUUUCUCGCAAAAAACGCAUCCCAGAUACCAGAGUUCACUGCUGCCUGUACUUCAUUUCCCCAACUGGACAUUCGCUUCGCCAGUUGGAUAUUGAGUUUAUGAAACAUCUGAGUCGUUCGGUCAACAUCAUUCCUGUCAUCGCAAAAUCUGACACGCUCACUCCUGAGGAGAAAACUGAAUUUAAACAGAGGGUGAGGAAGGAACUGGAAGCGUGUGGGAUCGAGUGUUAUCCACAAAAAGAGUUUGAUGAAGACAUGGAGGAUAAGAGUGAUAAUGAUAAGAUCAGGGAAGCAAUGCCCUUUGCCGUGGUAGGAAGUGAUAAAGAGUACCAGUUCAAUGGCAAACGAGUUCUGGGUAGAAAGUCGGCAUGGGGAAUGGUGGAGGUUGAAAAUCCAGAUCAUUGUGAAUUCUCCUUACUUCGAGAUUUCCUGAUUAGGUCUCACCUCCAGGACCUGAAGGAGGUCACCCAUAACAUUCACUAUGAGACAUACCGUGCCAAGAGACUCAAUGAUAAUGGAGGUCUGCAUCUCAUCUCCUCCUCCGGCAAUGACACGCAAGAGAGUAACCUGUGAGGAAAACAGAAGGCGGCUAGUAAUGAUAGAUAAUAGACUAAACGUUACAAAGUUUCACCUUGUACAAGCUGUGCAUGCUAUGAAGAUUUCAUUGCUGUGGAGGUUUUGUCCUCAUACUCCUUUUAACUCCUCGUGGAACCCGUUUGCAUCUCUUAUUGCACAACUCUGGAAAAUUGAAAAACCCUUCCCUAGUUGUUAAGCUCACUAUUGAGUUUCGUGAGCAAGAUUGUUCGUGAUAAUCUUUGCACAGGUCUCGUGUAAGAUAAAAUGGUCCUGUGUAAGCAUUUUAAACAGUGUCCACUAUUUUCUCCACUCUGAAAAAUGUAAACCUCCUUUAUCAAAACCUCUGUUACAUACUUUUGAGCAGUUUAAUCUAGUAAAUGGGUCACCACCUGGAGGAUCGCACUGCCACUGCAGCUUACUCUAUUGACCUUAUUUAUUAAAACAUUUAGCACAUUUGACAAUGCAAGAUGCCUGAAAUCUAACAUUAUCAAGAAAUUCUUAGUGUUAAAGUGUUUAGGGUUUUAAUCUCUGGCUCUGGACGAAUGCGGCAGCCAUUCUUUAAAUAUUUUAGAUUAUCUGCAACUAGUUUCAUUUAUUUCUUGCUGUGAAACUCUGCAAAAGCAAGUCUCAGAGGACUCUGACUAUUGAAGAAUAGUAUAUUUUUAAAGAUCCUUCCAAACAGGUUCAACAGUUAUAAUACAUGCCAUGAUUGAUAGUGGCCAAUGUGUUUACAAUGCUGUUUAGCAUCACUAUGAUGGCCGAAUAUAAUUCAGGAUAAAACCGAAAGAGUACUGAUUAAAAUGAUCAGUGCCUUUUGAAAAUCAAAGUUGUGGCUUUAAAGUUUUCCUUCAGCACAUUUUGUAUGGGCACCCUAUGUGUGUGUGUAUGUGUGUUGGCGCGGAUGCGUACAAAAGUCACAUACAUUUUUUCAAUUUGCUACAUGUUUUUUCUAACUCUUUUAACUUACCACCAUCACCCCCAGUAUAUUUUUCAUUGUGUGCCAAUAUUUCCAUGCCUUUGUGUAUUUAACAUUUUUACAUUUCAUGUUACCAUAGGAUUCUCCUACAUGAUCCAUGCACAUACUGAUAACUGUAUGAAACUUAUGUCAUUAUUUUCAUAUCACAUUUCAUUAAUGCUGGUGUGGAAUAAUAAACCGACUUAGAACAAAACAUUAUUUAUAUUGUAUUUAUGUUGUAUUUAUUAUAAUAAUUGUUUUAAUUUAAUAAACAUGUUUGCCAUAA